GCUGCUGCUGGAUUUGCAUUUUGUUAAUAUUUCGUAUUUCCAUGUGAUAUCCUAUCCAUGACCGAAGUUUAUUUUCUCAUAGGCGUGCCAUAACCAAAAGACAAAUAAAUAACGAAAAACUAAUUACGUGAUAUAUAUUUUUCGGUAACUGGUGGAAAAUGGCACAGUUCAACUACCUAAAUGAAUUGAAGAGUUUGGCCACUUUGGAUGGACCUAUCACCCGUGGUCCGCUGCAGCGCUGGGUGAAAAAGACAAAUAAUGAGAACCACAAUCCAUCGAUGAGUACCUCUUUCAAAAACAUGUCUAACGUGAACAUCAGUACAUGUAACCAAUCUAUGCAGAAGUUAUCUAUUUCGGCGAAUCAAAGUUGUAAUAAUAGCGUUUUAUCUAGUAACAAUAUCGGUUUUAAAACUCCUACCAGAAAUGAGAAAAAGGGAAAGAAAUCUCCUUCCAAAAAUAAGAGUCCAGGUCGAUCAACUACACCCACCCCUAACAAAGCUUCAAAAACUCCAAAUAAAGCAGAUAGAUUUAUUCCAUCUCGAAGCAAUUCUAAUUAUGACUUGUGUCAUUACAUGAUGAGCCGAGAUGAUGACAAAGGUGAAGAUGUAGUGGCCCAAACAGCAGCCGGUGAAGCGAUCGGCAGAGCUCUCACUGAUACAGAACCUGGACGACUACUGCAGUACACUUGCAAGGCACCCGCUGCACCUGAGGGCUAUCAAAACAGACUUAGGGUUGUGUAUUCACAGGCAAAAGUUCCAUCAUCAGUGAAAAAUACCACACGGUACAUUCCACAAGCUCCAGACAGGAUUUUAGAUGCACCCGACAUUUUAGAUGACUAUUACCUGAACUUAGUAGACUGGAGUGCAUCCAACAUCUUGGCUGUAGCUUUGGGCAGCUCGGUUUACUUAUGGAAUGCGGGCACUGGCCAAAUAGAACAAUUGCUCACAUUGGAGGGUUCAGAGACAGUUUGUUCCGUGCAGUGGGUGCAAGGAGGCGGCUCGCAUUUGGCCGUGGGGACCUCUUCAGCCACAGUGGAACUCUGGGACUGUGAGAAAAUUAAGAGGUUGAGGGUAAUGGACGGCCACACGGGUCGCGUGGGCUCGCUCGCGUGGAACUUGCACAUUGUGUCGAGCGGCGCACGCGAUGGGAACAUCGUGCACCACGACGUGCGACAGAGACAGCACGCCGUCGGCACUAUUACUGCGCACUCGCAGGAGAUUUGUGGUUUGAAAUGGUCACCGGAUGGACGACACCUAGCGUCUGGUGGCAACGACAACCUCCUGAACAUCUGGCCGAUCGAGCAAGGGCAGCACUAUUCUCAACCGCAGUAUUUAUAUUCUUUCAAUCAACAUUUGGCCGCGGUCAAAGGUCUCGCCUGGUGUCCAUGGAGUGCCGGCAUAUUGGCCUCAGGCGGGGGAACGGCUGACAGAACUAUCCGCAUAUGGAAUAUCAACACUGGCGCAAAUUUAAACACAGUUGAUACUAAAUCACAGGUGUGCUCGAUCCAAUGGAGCACUCACUACAAAGAGUUGAUCUCCGGGCACGGAUACGCCAACAAUCAACUAGUAAUAUGGAAGUAUCCUCUAAUGACCCGAGUGGCGGAACUAACCGGCCACAUGGCUAGAGUGCUGCACCUCGCCCUAUCGCCAGAUGGCACCACUGUAUUAUCCGCAGGCGCUGAUGAAACAUUACGUCUAUGGAAAUGCUUUAUGUUGGACCCAGCCAAGAAGAAAGAACCCACCGAUUCAAAAGCAGCGAAAUCAUUAUUGAAUCUCAAUUCUUUAAUUAGAUAAUUCGAUUAAUUAUACAUGUAUUUAAUGUAAUCAUGUGUUAAAUGUACAAUGUCUGCAUGGGAACUGCAAACUUCUUGUAUGAUAAUAGUUCAGUUAUUUAGAACAUUUGACUGGAAGAAUAAUUACUUGCAUUAUUUAUGUAACAAACAGUAUACUGCUAGACAAAACGACUGAUGUGAUCUAUGGUACUUAGGGAUUUAGUUUACUUUAACCGUUAUGGUUGUUGAAUGACAAUUAGUUAGAUAUUUUUAUCUAAA